AUUUGUCGCAGAAAGUCGCUCGAUCAAAAAAGACGUCGGUGGUUUACGGUUCGUUCGCGCGCGCACUGCUCUCCGUCUCACUGUCCAACAUCGAAAUAUCGCGCACAUAAUUUUAGUUAUUUAAGGAAAUUUUUCCGCAGCUUAGAAACGAUAGGGAAAAAAACGGUGGCAUUUUCCGACUUUUGGCGUAGUGCAUUUGUCUUUUGUUCGAUUAUAAUUAUAGUUGAUAGAGGUGUUUGAUUUACGAUCCGGUAGGUGUAAGAUCCGCGAAAGGUGAUAUGAAUAACGUUGGUUAAGGUAGCGAAAAGAAAAAUUCGAGAUCAGUUCAAAGAUGGCCGUGUUCUUUCGACCGUGGUUCCUGUUGAUGGUCGCAGCCGUGCUGGUGGCAUGCCUCGUCGCCAGUGGCGAUGGUUUCCGGUUACGUGACUUCGAGGUUGAUGAUAACCAACGGGCGUCGGUUGCGUUUGCCAAGAAGAAGAUCCAAGGCAGAAGGGUCGUAAUGCAAGAGGUCAAGAAGCGGGUGGUUGUAGACCAGGACGACGACGACGACGAUGACGAUGAUGAUGAGGAAGAAGGAAUGGAGGACGACGAAGAUGAGGAGGAGGAGGAACGGGCCGCUGAGAGCAAGUACAAGUUUGAGAGAGUGCGAAGAAGCUACAGGUUGUCUCCAGAACAGAAGAAGAAAGCGGAUGGUACGAGGGCUCACUUCAAGGACGAGGUAAAAUCAAGUAAGAUCAAGGUGAGCAAGCCGGCAGUGGACGAUGACGACGAGGACGACGAUGAAGAAGAGAAAUCGAUUUUUAAUCUCUACGGUUUGCUAGGAUCGAAGAAGAGUAAGGGAAGUGUAGAAGAUAAGGAGGAAGUUCAUGUGAAACAUCAGAAGAAGAAGGAUGUUGUGGUAAAAGAUGAACAAGACGAUGACGACGACGAAGAAGAUGAAAAGGAAAGUGGUGGAUUGUUUGGGUGGCUUAAAGAUCAAAUAAGCGAAGGCUCAUACAAAGAAAAAGAUAUUAAGAAGGAAGUUUACAAAGACAGUUCUGUUGAAGACGACGACGACGACGACGAUGAGGAUGAUGAAAAAGAAGGUGGAAUUUUCGCAUGGUUGAAGAAGUUGACCGACAAAGUCGACGAUGACGAUCACGAUAACGAUAAACAUGGCACCGAUAAAGACGACGACGACGACGACGAUGAUGAAGAUAAAGAAAAGGAAAAUCCUCUGAUCAACUUUGUUAGCAGCCUUCUGCAAUCGGACAAGGAAGAAACCAGUGAGGAAAUCAAGUUCCGUAAAGUUGGUGCCGAAAACGAAGAAGAUGAAGACAGCUCUGCUGAGAAGCCCAAGCAGAAGAAAACCAAGGAUUCCAAAAUCGUCCAAUUGCUCAACACAAGUCCGUUGAACUCGUUGUUCAAAUCGGAUGACAUCCCGUCGGAAGCUCCCAUUCAAACCGACCCGAAGAAGAUCAAAAAGCUUCAGCACACUCCGUCCAAGGUCGUCAAGCAACGCAUCGAAAUAUCCCCAGAAGACUUCGAAUCGCUUCUGCUCCGGAUUCCAUCCUUCGUUCCGGACUAUUCGCGGCUGAAGAACAAUGAAUGCCGCCGUCAAGGACAGAUCUUCCAGCGUCAGCUGCGCGGAAAGCGUCUCUGGGCUCUGCAGAUGAUCGACGCCAGUGCCAAGGUGACUUCCGGUCUGCUGCGAGGCAAUGCCAAUCAGCUGGGUGAUUACGAUCUAUGCACCGGAAUCGCUACCAAAGUCAAGGUGAAAGAGGACGAGCAGGUCCGGAUGCGAGGUAAGUACUGUCUCGCACAUAUCGACGUGGUAGCCGAGGAUGAUGACCUAAAGUUGCCGGUACACUUGCUCCAGGGCAGAGGCUUUAUCAAGAGUACACUGAACGAUCCGGACCACUUCCUGCCCCGCUUUACUACGAUCAACUGGGGCAUCUGUCUGCCGGCAGCUUGCAACUACGAAGACGCCGGUAGCAUAAUUAAGAACUUUGUUAAACCAUACAACACGACCGGGAUCAAGUUGUUCUUGGAAAUCGAAGAGGGCAACUGCCACGUGCGCCAAACUACCACGUGGACCAAGCUGUUCAAGGAAAACUGGCGACUAGUUGCCACGCUGGGCUUCUACACCUUCAUCGUAGUCGUCACCGUGGUGGCAUCCCUGAACGAUUUCGGUAUCAUUCAAAUCGAACCCCAUACAAAGCUUCCUGCUUCGCAGAAAUCCACUGACGAAAACAAUGACGAAUCAACCCCAACCGAACCUAGCGAAGACUCCAACCUGCUCCACCAGACGCUGAUGUCCUUCUCGAUUAAGCGUACCAUGCGUCAGUUGAUAGGCGGAGACGACGAAACCCUUGCCGGCAAGGAAGUCGUAGGGUGCCUUUCGGGACUACGCGCUCUUGCAACGAUCGGUCUGUUCUGUGCCCUUCGUCUGAUUCCGAUGGGCUUUCAACCGUUCACCAAUCGGAACGAAUUCACCGAAAGCUUAAAUACCCCGUGGAGUGUGGCCUUGCGGGUUUUGAUGCUUUACGCCGAUGUCUACCUGGUGGUCAGUGGCUUCCUCGCUGCCUUCCAUAUGGUUGGCGAGUACCAGCAGAAGCAAAAGAUUGCCUGGUUCCGUCGGAUUGUUGGACGGUAUUUAAGAUUGACUGUGCCCUUGAUUCCGGUGCUGAUCUUCUACUCCGUCGUCUGGGAACAUCUCGGAAACGGACCCCAGUGGGGUGACGUCGUCGUCAAGAACGCCAAUCUGUGCAAACACAAUUUCUGGAACAACAUCCUCUUCGUCCAGAACUGGUACCCGGUAGAGGAAUGCUGCGCUCCUCACACCUUCCAGUUGGCAAUCGAGAUGCAGCUGGCCAUCCUGGCACCACUGUUGCUCAUCAUCCUGACCGCGAACCCAUCCUACGGCGUUGCAGCGUUUGUCUUGCUACACGGUCUCUCCACUGCGAUGCGAUUCGUUUCCACAACGGAAGAUCGCCUCUCGCCUUACAUCUACCACGGAAUCCGGCUGACGCAGAUCUACCGUACCGUCAAUCUGAGCUUCUCGGAAACCCUGCACCGUGCAACGCCCUAUCUGGCUGGUUUUGGCCUAGGUUAUCUUCUCCGGGAGGGCGACAUCCGCAAGCAGGUCGAUCGCGGAAUCCGUAUGAGCGGUUGGAUCGGUAUGUCGAUCGCCGUCGGCUGGUGCUUUAUAUUCCCACUGGACACUGCUGACAAGGACUUCCAGUACGAUAUAGGGGAUGCGGCACAGUACGCUGCACUGGCACCUCUCUCAUGGGCGCUGUCCAUAUGCUGGAUCAUCUACUAUUGCUAUACCCACGAAGGUAGCCUGCUGAACCGCCUCUUAAGCUGUCGCCUGAUGACCUUCCUGAGUAAGAUCUCCUACUCGGUAUCGUUGAUGCAGUUCCUGGUGUUCUUUUACUUUGCCGGAACGACCCGCGGUAGUGAGGUGUUCAGCUGGUCCGGAUACCUGAAUCGCACCGAAAUAUGUCUGUUGCUUGUUGGAGGAACUGUGCUAACGCUUCUGUACGACCUGCCUGUUCAGAACAUCAAGGCGAUGCUCGAUCGGUCGGGAGUGUUCGAUCGGAUGGAGAAGAAGGACACCACCGUGGUGGUGUUGGCUCCUCCGAAGGAGGACGGACAUGAGGAAGUAGUUCAAAAUGGAACUUCGUCGACGGAGAAGCCGGUGGAAAAUGGAAACGCUGCCUCUGAUCUCGAUGAACAAGGCGAGAAGACGGUGAUAGAGGAGGAAGAGGCAGAGGAGAAGAAGGUGGAGGAUGACUUUGCCAGUCCGUUCGAUGAUCGGGACGAUGACUUUACGCCACGUCAGGUGAGGAAGCGGCAGACUCCGGAGCCGGAACCGAAGCCAGAGACGCCCACCAAAGGGUUCUGGGAUGAUGAUGAGGAAAGCACCGUCCCGAAACCCGUUUUCAAGGCCCCGUCCCCAACGAAAACCACCAUGGAGACCGAAGAGGAAGAAGUAGAAGAAGUCGAAGUGGAAGAAGAGGAAGAGGAGGAAGAAGAAGAAGAAGACGAAGAAGAGGAAGAGGAAAUUGACGAGGAAAAGGAAGUCAUCCGCAGACCAACCGGCAGCCAGUCCAAGGACGAAGAAGAACACGAAAAAGAGAAACCAGAAGUCACAACUACUACGACCACCAACAGAAGUUCUUCGUUCAGUCCCCCGUAUAGGCGCCGCCAGUGGCGUACGUGGGACGACUAACCGGGACUGCCGAGCAAACGAAAACAAAAUUGAAGAACUCAAAAGACAUUUGAUUAAAAAUAAGCAGGUGAUUGGUUUUUUAUUGAUAUGGAAAAUUGGUUAAAGUUCCAUGGAAAGUUGUACGCUAGUACAAGAAACGAACUCUAUUCUAAAGAAGAAAAAAAAAACAA